GGGAACACUUCCCGGUUUGUCUUGAGCCAUAUGUACACAUACGAGGGGUGUUCAAGUCAAACCGGCACUUAGUGUUCACUUAAUUUUUCUGAAAUUUUCAGAAAUUUAGAUAAUUCCUUUUUUUUUACCUUGUAAAAUAAAUCUAUACUGAAAUUAUAUAUAUAUUUUUUUUAUUAUUAAUAUUAUUACUGUCACUUUUCUAAAUAGGAGUCCAAGUCUACAAAAGGUUAAGUAAAUGCUUCAUUAAACAGAUAUACUAUUUAUUACUGAGAUUUAAAGAUUUAUAGCCAGACAGCUUGUGGACUAAAAAGUUAAUUUUUUUUAAUUAUCCAAAGUCCUUUAGUGUUUAGGUAAUGUUUUUUUUUAUGUCUAUAAGUCUAUCCAUUUUCUAACUCUCACUGAUUAAAGAUUUCUCAUUCUCGCUAAAUGGAAGAAAAAAAAGGUUUUUGUUCUGUUCUGCUGUAUUUUAAGGGGCAGGACGUCUCCUAUAGCCUUCGCUGCAAAAGCACCCAGCGUUUCCCUUUUCAUCUCGAGAUGUUUGAGAUAAGAGACACUGAAGGCUUCAUGGCACCUCGACUGCUGCUUCUCUGCUGUGUUUUUACAACUUCUCUCUCAUCCGUGGUGUUUCAGUCUCCUGAGUUCAUCAAUAGAUCCGUCGGUGAAUCUUUUACAUUAAAAUGUGCUCGUGACCUGCCGUUUACUUACUGUUACAGCUCAGUAUCCUGGUUCAAAGUCAAUCCAAGAACCGGCAAACUGGAUGAAGUCAAACAAGUCAAUGAUGAACUAGUGGAUGAUAAAAAAUCAUGUAGUAAGACUUUCACUGAUGUUGAAGUAAAAGACUCGGGCAUUUACUACUGCUCAGUUUUAAAUGAUCAAAUGGUUUUUAUUGGAAAAGGCACCAGAGUCGUCAUUACAGAAAAGGGUCCAUUACAGCCGUCCAUCAUUCCGUACACACCACUGGAAGUGGAAAUGGACGUGGACGCUUCCUCUGUCCUCCUGCAGUGUGCUGUGAUGGACGCCGUCCCCUCUCAGAUCAGGGUCUGGUGGUUGAUUGAUGGAGAGGAGCGCACAGGAUGGACAGAAUCAGGCUGGACACGACACGACGAGUCAGCCUCGGAAUACACUCGAGCUCAAAUCAUCAUUGCUGCAGAGGAGUGGAUCGAAGCGUAUCACACCAUCGAGUGUGUGGUGCAGUAUGAGAACAUGAGCAUUUCCCAAACUCUGCAACGACACACAGGUUAUUCAGACUCUUCAUGCACAUGGCUGCUGUAUGGAGGCUGCUGUAUCGCUAUCUUCACCAUCGCAGUAGUGAUCACCGUGGCUCUGUGUUUACGUAAAGAGAAGCGAGGAACUUUUCCAGUUAAAAGGCAUCGCGCAGGUGUCGAUACUCAGCGGAAACACCAGACUCGCGGAAAACAGGACACACUCAGGACGAAUUUAGAGACACUUCCUGCAAACUCGGAAGUCGAAUAUUCCUGUCUGAACCCUGAGAUCUUCAAACGGCAACCAAGUUCUCCAGCGUUGGAAUUAGAUUAGCGAGAGUUGUAGCAAAAAUGGAAAUCUUAACAGCAGCAAAGAUGUUUUAUUUUAAUCCUUUUAAAAUGUAUUUACUGAAUUGUAUAUUAUGUAUAGUAUGUAGAUAUUAAACCAAUUCAAACAGCACAUUCUUGAAUUUUUUUCUUACACGGUAAUGUGAAAAUUAUGAUUAAAUUAAUUAUAUUACAAUGUAUAAUAUUGUUAUAAUAUAAUAUAUAAUGAUUGUUACAUAUUAUAUAAUGUUAAAUAUUAUAAUUGUUACUUUAUUACGUACAUUUUGCUAGUAAUGAGGUGGACUCUCUUCUGCCCUUUUGCCAACCUGGCAUUAGAAAACCUUCCUAAUAGAUUUUAAUCCAUAUUAAAAUGACAGCAUCACUUUGUCGGCUGCACGUCUAUGAUGAGAAUCUCUCAUUCCACCACAUCCCAAAGAUGCUCUUUUGGAUGGAGAUCUGGUGACUUUGAAGGCCACUUGAGUUCAGUGACUUUACUGUCAU